GCAGAUCAGAUUGUUUGAUCCUGUUGAGCCACCGUACUUACGUUUAAAGCUAGUGGGCGCGUACAUAGAGCUAAGCUAACAUCAAUAAGAAUAUUUUUCGUAUUUAGGCAGCAGAAACGUUGGUUGUUCUCAUGGAGAGUGCUAAGUACGUGUCCCAAAAAGUCAGCAAGGCCAGAUGGCGUCCUGUGUCGUCUUCGUUUUUACAACAACCAGAAAUCUUUGCGACGGGAUCGUGGGACAACGAGGAAAACAAGAUAUCUAUUUGGUCCGUGGGUAAUUACGAAAAUUCGGGCCUGGAAGAUGGAUUUGAAGGAGAUCCGCAGCUUAUUUGUGAAAACAAGCACGAUGGAGAUGUUCUUGGCCUCCAGUUCCUGGAUCAAGAGAGAAUCGUCACGGCCUCAUCAACGGGAGCAGUCACCAUCUUCCGCCACCAUCACAACAGUCAGACAAUCUCAGUUUCCCAGCAGUGGGUGAAAGCGCACCAUUACCCCUGUGACAAUGCUCCCUGCACUGCAGUUGUGUGCAGCAGCCCUGAGAUCAUCACAGUUGGGGAGGACGGCAGGAUUAUUGUCCUCAGAGCCGACCAGGAUUGUAUGGCUCAAGUCAUAGAGAAUGCUGACAGCAGCACGAUUCAUGCUGUGACUUACCUGAGGACGACGGAGAUUUUGACUGUGAACUCCAUCGGACAAAUAAAGCUAUGGGAUCUAAGACAACAGAGCAACUCGGCAUCACAGAUUCUGUCCUUGUCAGGAGACAGAGUUCCUUUGUACUGCAUUGACAGACAUCCAAACCAGCAGCACAUUGUAGCCACAGGAGGCCAGGAUGGAAUGCUCUGUAUGUGGGAUGUGAGGCAAGGCAGCAUGCCCUCAUCCCUCAUGGAGGCCCACUCAGCUGAAAUGUGGGAGGUCCACUUCCACCCUACCAACCCAGAUCACCUGUUCACGUGUUCAGAGGAUGGAUCGCUGCUGCACUGGGAGACGUCCUCCCACUCAGACAUGCCCUCCUUUCUACAAGGUAGCAGAAACAGCAGCGUGACCUCUCGCAGUGCGAUGGCCCUUGCUGGAGGAAACCAGUCCCUCAUCAGUGCCUGGCUCAACGGAGACUCCAGUAAAAGCCGCCUGGAGACGACCCACAUGCUGCCCAGCCAGACGCUGUCUGUCAACAGCUUGGAUGUGCUUGGACAGUGCUUAGUUUGUGGAACUGAUGGAGAGGCUAUUUUUACCAACAAACAGGUCCCAGUUUAAAAGAUCUGGAGGUGACUAAUAAAUACAUGAAUGCAAAUUUUAAUUUGAUGUUUUGUGACACAUUGGAAGACUUUUUUUUUGUUACACAAAAAGCCAAUAUACCUACGCAAUGAAAGACCUCUGUGUCUGAUGCAAUGCUUCAUUCUUUGCAGUGACAGAAUAUGGAUUAGUGUUUUUGUAUGUCAUUCUGUACACAAUUGUUCAGAUUAAUAAUGUUUUGUACAGAUUACUUAAAAAACAAUAAAUAAAUAAAAUGUAACUUUCUCAAA